AUGGCAACAACAACAACAACGAACAUGGCUGCAAUUGAUGCUCUCGCUCCAGCUGGUAUCUUACCUUUAGAACCUGUCUACAGACAAUCCCCGAAGAGACUACCCAGUCUCAACCUACACAAUCCCUUGGAUCUCAGAGCUCUAAGCUUCGACGGCCCAGUGGAUGAGAACCUGAUGUGCCCGAUAUGUCACUGCCCUCUCAUCGAUCCGGUCAUGACAGAAUGUGAUCAUAUCUUCUGUCGGGAGUGUAUUGAGGAGUCCCUGAUGCAUAGCCAGACAUGUCCCAUCGAUCGAUCUCCCAUGUCCGAUGAUAUCGAUUCCUUUAAGCGAGCCCCCAAGAUCAUACUCAACCAACUAAACGACCUGAAAGCAAAAUGUAAAUACUGCUCUGUGCCAUUUGCUCGCUCAAUGCUGGAGAAUCAUAUUGAGAGGUACUGCCCAGAGGCCGAGAUGCGAUGUCCAGGUCUGAACACCGAGAAGGAAUGCCAACUGAGGGUGAAGCGAAAGUACUCCGAUAAGGGCUGCUUGCACUAUGAAGCCGAUUGUCCAGAUUGUCAGGAGUUGCUUCUUCAGGCAGAUAUGGACUGCCACAGAGAGAGUCUUUGCAAGGAGAGAUUCAUGACUUGUGAACAUUGCGGGAACGAGAUCGUGAGACUCCAGGUUACGGAGCAUCAUUCGGAGUGUUCAGAUGUUAUUGCACCGUGUCAGUGGGCUGGGUACGGCUGCUCGUACGAAGCGAAAAGGAGAGACUUGCCCCUUCACAAGGAUGAGUGUAGCCUAAAGACCGUGGGUCCCAUGACAGAUAUGUUGAGGAAGGAGAUCAACGAGCUUCGGAGUGAAGUCCGAACUUUGACAGAAACCAACCAACGUCAAGAUCGCCGCAUUAAGUUUAUGGAAAGCGGCUCUCGAGACUUCAAUCAUUCCAUCUACGCUACAGAUCUUUCCGGUCCAUCGUCACUACCUACUCUUCCAGAGUCGGCAGGCUCCGAGCCUCUUGACUCCGCUCAACAGUAUCUUCUAUCUCUGCUGGAGACUCAAGAAAGCAAUUUAAAUCAUCUCCAAAACAAUCUCACCGAGUCCGAGGCUAAGCAAACCACCAUGCUCUUUAACGAGACGAUUCCUAUCAAGAACGAGUUGGCAGAAAUCAGAAGCAUGCAGCAGACCACCAGCAUGCAUGUUCGCUGGCUGAUGAGGUUUCGGAUCCAGGAAAACAGUCGACGAGCCGGUGGGCCUGGGCCGGGAUCAAACGGGGGAAGCUCUUACGGUGGUGGAGGGUCGGAUGGAGGAGCUGGCGGGUCGGGUGGCGACUCUUCGCAUCCGAGAAGACUGAGUGAUUCGAUGUCGAGGGAUCUAGUCACGAAGCUUUGA